ACCAAAUAUAAUCCAUUGGUUUCAACUAUUAAAAUCACCCAUUCUCGAACCUCCUGCCACUCUUCAGCCCCACCGCCAUGGCUGCAACCACUGCCGCUGCUACUUCCUCCUUCAUUGGAACACGUCUGCCAGAAGUUUACUCAAACUCCGGCAGAUUCCAAGCCCGAUUCGGAUUCGGACGUAAGAAAAGCCCGCCCAAGAAAUCUGUAAAGCCCACUACCGAUCGUCCUCUCUGGUAUCCGGGAGCCAAAGCUCCGGAAUGGCUGGACGGGAGCUUGGUUGGUGAUUACGGUUUCGACCCGUUCGGACUGGGCAAGCCCGCCGAGUACUUGCAGUUCGACUUGGACUCGUUGGACCAGAACCUGGCUAAGAAUUUGGCCGGCGACGUGAUCGGCACCCGAUUUGAGGGCGGGGACGUGAAGUCGACCCCGUUCCAGCCCUACAGCGAAGUGUUCGGCUUGCAGAGGUUCCGUGAGUGCGAGCUCAUCCAUGGAAGGUGGGCCAUGUUGGCCACACUCGGUGCACUCGCUGUUGAGUCGCUCACCGGCGUUACCUGGCAAGACGCCGGAAAGGUGGAGCUGAUUGAAGGUUCUUCUUACCUUGGCCAACCCCUUCCAUUCUCCAUCACCGCGUUGAUAUGGAUUGAGGUUCUGGUAAUUGGAUACAUCGAGUUCCAAAGAAACGCAGAGCUGGACCCGGAGAAGAGGCUUUACCCCGGCGGGAAGUACUUUGAUCCUCUAGGCUUGGCCUCCGACCCAGAGAAGAAGGCCACCCUCCAAUUGGCAGAAAUCAAGCACGCCCGCCUCGCCAUGGUUGGCUUCCUUGGCUUUGCCGUCCAAGCUGCCGUCACCGGAAAAGGCCCUCUCAACAACUGGGCAACCCAUUUGAGUGACCCUCUCCACACCACCAUUAUUGACGCCUUCACCUCUUAAUCAAGCACCUUUCUCUCUGUAAUUCGAUCCUUUGGUUUAUCACCAGCAUUUUACUUGGCUGAGUUAUAGUCUGUACUUCCCUUGUAAAAAUAUGUUAUGACAAUUACUAGGCUAUAAGCAGUAUGUUUGAAA